CUCAUAACAUUAUGUUUAACAAGUGUCAUAGGAAGGAUAGAGCUCCCCUGUCGCUCCCGCGGGCGGCUCGGGAGCUAACCCUAGCCGCCGCCGCGAGCACCCCACCCACCGUCUCUUCCACCACUCGCCGCCGCCGGUGGCAGUCGCCGGGCAAAGCCCGUGCGGCUCGGCGGCGGCGGGGCCUUUCUCCUCCUCCGUCCGUGGCUGGCUGGCGCGGGCCGGUUGCUUCGGCGGAUGCUCGGGCAGCAGCGCACGUCCGGGGCGACCCUUCUGGCUGGCGAGGCUGCGCACGAGGAUGUGGGUGAGCGAGGCGCGCGUAGGAGGCGCGCUGGAUUGCAGAUCUGGUGCAUCGAGGGCGCGCGGUGCUGCAUGGUGACCGCGUUCGGUUCGCGGGCGCGGAUGGUGGCGGCGGCUCAGCGAGGCAACGGCGGUCGCCGUGGUGGGCUCAACGCGAAGGCUUGGCUGGUCGCUGGGCGUCCGCGCUGGUGGUGGCGCAGCUUCGGCCGUGUGAUCUCCAGCUGGGGAUCUGGAUCUGGCUGGUCUGCUCCCGAUCUGCGAUCGAUGGGCUGGCUGUCGGCGGUUGGUGGUGCCCAGACGUCUCUUCCUGGAGCAGGGGGGAUCCGGCCGUGGUGGAUGCCUGGAGCGAAGGCUCCGGCCGUGGUGGAUGCCUGGAGCAGGGAGGCUCCGGCCGUGGUGGUUUGCGUGGGGUGCAGGGCCCGAUAUGGUUUCUGCAGGCUCGGCGUAGAGGAUGGUGGUGGCCCGGUGCAGCGUUGGCGUGCUCGUUGCAUCGGGGGUGUGCGAUCCAGUGGAGGUACCUGUUGGCCUUUGGUCGGCUGCGUGGGAAUGGUUGCUCCAGGUGAAAGCCUGGCUGGUGCUCGUCGGCCGGCGGCGACGGCGCGCGUGGGCGUCGUUAUCCUCCUUGGAGGCGUCGUCAGGGAUCUUUGCAGCCCUACUCCCGGAUCAAGACCUUUAGGUGAAAAUCAAGAUCCUGCUGUAGGAUCGGGCGGUGGCGUCGUCUUCAGCGUCGUUUCCCCUCUUGAGGGCACCGUCUUGAAGAUCUUGAUCCCAAUGGUGCUUUUUACGGACUGGAUGUGCAUGGUGGCUUCAGUGGCAAUGAUGAUGGGGUGAGCAAGGUCGAAGGCAUGGCACUGGUCGAGGUAGUCGUCUCUUCUCCGGCGUGUCCGUGAGAUUGCCUCGGCUGUUUGUUGUUGUGAAGUCGAAGCUGCGGUGGAGAGGCCCAGGUGGCGUACGCGACAGGUCGUCCGUUCGGCGAUCUUCCAUGAUGCCUACUAUGCCUAGCUUUUCGUAGUUCAUCAUCAGAGUCGGAACUGCAUUGCCUUGUGGUGGGUGGAUGGCGUUUCAUAGAGUGUAGUGUUGUUCUGCAACUAAUAGGGUUGCUGUUUUUCUUUUUCUUUGAUCUUCGGAUCUUCACCAUGUUAUGCUUCCGUUGCUUCCUGCUUAAUCUGAAUCAAGCCAACAAUUUGCUGGAUCUUUCAAAAAAAAAACAUUAUGUUUAA